AUGGGAUCCAUCGAGAUCAUAGAACAGCAGUACGAUGUCCUUAUCAUCGGUGCCGGUCUUUCGGGUAUCUGCGCACUACACAACUUCCGAAAGCGCUUUCCAUCGUGGCGCGUUGGAGUUCUGGAGGCAGCCGAUAAUGUUGGGGGAACUUGGUAUUGCAACCGCUACCCUGGAGCACGAGUUGACACCGAAUCACUUUCCUACGCAUACUCGUGGGACAAAGACCUCUUGAACGAAUGGACCUGGGGGGAGUCCUUCUCCACCCAGUCAGAGGUGCUCCGUUAUAUUGAACAUGUCUGCGACAAGCACAACCUUUACAAAAAUAUCCAACUUAACACUCGAGUUAAGAAAGCCGUUUGGCAGGAUAAGAACAAUACUUGGCUGUUUCGCGACGAAGUCGGCACCCAUCACCGAACCCGUUUCUUCGUCAGCUGCAUGGGUUUCCUCUCAACCCCGACGCUUCCUGCCAUUCCAGAUAUUGAAAUGUUCCAAGGAAAGGCGUUCCAUACCUCCCGGUGGCCCAAAGACUUUGACAUGAAGCGUGAUCUGGCCAACAAGCGGGUGGGUGUCAUCGGCACCGGCGCAACGGGAAUUCAAACAAUCACAGCGAUCUCAAAAGAACCGAGCAUCAGAUCAUUGAAUGUUUUCCAACGCACGGCAAACUGGUCUGCGCCCCUACGGAACGAGGUGAUUAGGCCCGAGCAGAUGGAGCAGCACCGCAAAAACUACGGUGCCGUUUUCCAACUCUGCGCCAAAACACCCAGCUGCUUCAUGCACCAAGCCGACCCACGGAAGUCCCUGGAAGUAUCUGCAGAAGAGCGGUUGGAGCUUUGGGAAGAUAUAUAUGCAAAGCCCGGUUUUGCCAAAUGGCUAGGCACAUUCAGCGACACAUACAACAACCGUGAAGCAAACAAACUGUACUCCGAUUUUAUGGCCAGCAAAAUUCGAGCCAGAAUACAUGAUCCCGAGGUUGCUGACAGCAUGAUUCCCAAAGAUCAUGGCUUUGGCACACGACGUGUCCCUCUCGAGAGUGGAUACUUUGAGGCAUUUAACCAGCCUAAUGUCCACCUUGUUGAUCUCAAGAAAACGCCAAUUGAGAGAGUCACGAAGAAUGGUAUUGUCACAUCUGAUGGCAAAGAGCAUAAAUUGGAUGUUUUGAUCUAUGCAACGGGCUUUGACGCCAUUACCGGUGCAUUCAGCUCCAUUGAUUGGACAGGGAGAAACGGUCGCCCUCUUCUCGGCUCCAGCAACACCAAGCAAGGCGAGCAAGCAAUUUGGGUUGAUCACCGGCCCCGUACAUACUUGGGUAUGACGGCUUGCGAUAUGCCUAACAUGUUCAUGGUCCUGGGUCCUCACCAACCAUUCGGCAAUGCUCCCCGGACUAUCGAGCACGCCGUGGAGGUUAUUUCGGAUCUCUUACAACACUGCAAAGACAACAGCUACUCCUAUAUAGAGCCGACGGGAGAAGCUGUGAAUGCAUGGACGGAACACGUUGUUGAAUGCAGCAAAGGUGCUUUGUCAAACGAAAUCGACAGCUGGAUGACCGGGGUUAAUACGAAUGUGAAGGGGAAGACUGUUCGAAGUGUUGCGAGGUACAGUGGGAGUGCGGUGGAGUAUCGCCGAAGAUGCGCUGAGUCUAAGGCAGCUGGUUGGAAAGGUUUGGCAUUUGCUCAACUGUCAAGUUCUAAGCUUUGA